AUGUUCCUGGAGAGUCCUGGAGAGUCCUGGAGAGUCCUGGAGAGUCCUGGAGAGUCCUGGUGUUCCUGUCAGACUGAGGACAGCAGCGAUGUGGUCCUGGUCCUGCCCGUGGUCCUGCAGCUGCCCGUGGUCCUGCCUGUGCUCCUGCCCGUGGUCCUGCCCGUGGUCCUGCAGCUGCCCGUGGUCCUGCCUGUGGUCCUGCCCGUGGUCCUGCCAGUGGUCCUGCAGCUGCCCGUGGUCCUGCCCGUGGUCCUGCCUGUGGUCCUGCCCGUGGUCCUGCAGCUGCCCGUGGUCCUGCCUGUGGUCCUGCCCGUGGUCCUGCCAGUGGUCCUGCAGCUGCCCGUGGUCCUGCCCGUGGUCCUGCCUGUGGUCCUGCCCGUGGUCCUGCAGCUGCCCGUGGUCCUGCCCGUGGUCCUGCAGCUGCCCGUGGUCCUGCCCGUGGUCCUGCCUGUGGUCCUGCCUGUGGUCCUGCAGCUGCCCGUGGUCCUGCCCGUGGUCCUGCAGCUGCCCGUGGUCCUGCCCGUGGUCCUGCCUGUGGUCCUGCCCGUGGUCCUGCAGCUGCCCGUGGUCCUGCCUGUGGUCCUGCCCGUGGUCCUGCAGCUGCCCGUGGUCCUGCAGCUGCCCGUGGUCCUGCCGCUGCCCGUGGUCCUGCAGCUGCCCGUGGUCCUGCAGCUGCCCGUGGUCCUGCCCGUGGUCCUGCCUGUGGUCCUGCCCGUGGUCCUGCAGCUGCCCGUGGUCCUGCCGCUGCCCGUGGUCCUGCCGCUGCCCGUGGUCCUGCAGCUGCCCGUGGUCCUGCAGCUGCCCGUGGUCCUGCCCGGGGCUUAUUCUUUGUUUGGAAUGUUCUUGGUUGGGUUUUUACCUGGACUUCUCAGCCGCCCUUAGUUGUUUUGUUUCGCCUCUUUCGGAUUUGUUGUCCGCUCGCAGACGACCUUUGUUCUGUGCCUGCCUCAUCACUGUACGUUUCCAGUUUGACGGAUUACGUAUCGCUGAGCUGCACCUGCAGUUUGGGUCUUUCCCCCGUUGUCCGGCAUACCAGCCGUAACGCUCAAAAACAAAUGAGAAACGCUAUUUAAGCUUUGCGUCUACAGGGCAGGUCGAGUCUUCGUGCUGCUUCUCUGCAUCGCUCAGUCACGGAGAGAAAAUAAAACCUUUAAUCAACACUUUAGCACAGUGUUUAGGUUCUUGUACUUUACUGAAGUAUUUCCAUCCACUGCCCCUUUACACUCGACAGCUGGAGCUACUGGUUACAGUCAGCUGAUGUGUAAGUUACAGAUCAGUAACACUUCCAGCAGGAAGCUGGAGAAACAUCAUCCCUUCAAACUUUGACAAGUUUACAUUAUAUUGAAAUUAGUGGUUUGUGCAUAAAAAUGAAAUGGCUUGGCCUUUUUCUCCUGGAUCACAUGACAUCGUUUUCUUUUGUUCGGAGAACUUAUAUUUAAUACAUAUUUAACUUUAUUCUCGUUUUCUCUGUGAAAGACUCAGUAAAACCAGACGACGCAAAGAGCUCCUCGACCGCUGCUGCGUUUUAUUAGUUCGGAAACUAAUAUUGUCGCUUUGAAUUUGUCUAAUAAACACUCGUCGUUA